AUGUCGAGCCCCAUCUUUGGCUCGUUGCCGUCCUCGGGCGCCACAGCUACGGAUGUGCGUCAUCGCUCGUCGUCCUUCGGCGCUCCCCGCCUCGAUCUGGUGCUGCGUCCCUCGCUCGGUCUGGGUCCGUUCAAGCUAGGCCACUCGCUUUGGCAUGUGCUCAACUACCUACGCUCGCAGCAGUCGCUCUUCCCACACAUCAACAUCGUCUACGACGAAACCGCGCCGCGUCUCUCUCCCAUCGUCGUCACCAUCCAGCCCAGCUUACACCUCAUCUUUCACGCCACCACCCAGCGUCUCAUCCUCAUCACGCUCGAGAACCUCGACACAGCCGCAUCUUCACAUUCACGUAAUGGCUCUCCGUCCGCCCCAACAUCUCCGUCGCCAAGCUCGGAGCCAAGCCAUCGCCCCGUCAACCUCUUCUACAACGGCAAGCUGAUCUACGCCAGCGGCACCGCCAGGUCACAGCACGUGGUGCUCAACCGAUCCACCCUCCACCAGAUCCUUGGUCCCACCUAUCCCGGACGCUCCGAAUCAUCUUAUGUUGCAUCAGAAAGCCUCGUCGCCCUCGCGUACGGUCGCAAGGACGCACAACACCUCCAGAGCCGCACCGAAUUCCUCCUCACCUAUCCCGGCCUCGCAUUCUGCUUUGCGCUCAAGUCCGACGCGCCAAAGGCAGCCGAGGUGGACAAGUUGCAGCCUGUAUCGUCGAUUCACGUCUUCUCGGGCAGCGACCCUGACGUUCCUCAAGAUGUACUCGUGGCGCCCUCUCCCGAUCAGGGCUCGAGCGAUGCCGGUGCACCUGGUCGCUCGCACAAGCCAGGCACACUCUCACCCACCGCAGCACUCGGCGACUAUGCGCAGCUCAACAGCGAGCGCGAUCGCGCAGCCCUCGAUGUCGAGGCGAUCUAUGUGGGUGCACCCGUGCUCCUGCAGGCCGACAUCACGCCCGGCAAAAGCGUCGCUUUGCACUUUGCCAAGACCGGUGCGUCCCGGACGCCAUCCCCGCUGCCCGGAGGUGGUGGCACGGGCGCAGCAGCCACCGAAGCGCCGGUUGGCAACGUGGUGGAGCUGAUGCUGGGAGUAACGACGCCUCAAGAUGCGCUGUGCGAUCUAGGCCAACCCCAGCGCAUAUUCUACAAGGAGGACGACAGAAUGAGGAUCCAUGGCGGAAGCACACAUCGAGGUGCGGAAGGUCAGACGAGAGGAGCGGCGGCGGGGGCUCGGGAAGGAUCCGAAAACAGCACGGCUACGGACGAAUCUUUUGCAGCGUCUCAUGAUCUCGACGACUCGGCGUUCUUCUACAACUACUUUGACCUUGGCAUCGAUCUUUUGUUUUCCAAGCAGACGAUGCGUAUGCCGAGCGGCGCCGAGGUGUACGGUGCGGCGGCAUUGGGACAGGCGCGGCUGGAAAAGGUGGUGUGCCACACCAACGUGCCCGGCGACGCACUAUUUCAGCGCUACAACCGGUGCCCCUGGCGCGUCAUUCGCGACGUCGCCAACAAGACCGCCAACGCCAAGUCGGAGGCAGCUUUCUCGUUUGAAGAUCACUUUGACAGCACGCUCAGCAAGGGCCAGGACGACCGGGGGAUGGAGCUGGAUCGUGGCACGUCGGCUGAGCUGCGCGGCAGCGGUGCGAACCAGCGUCGAUCCAUGGCGGCGCUGCACGCCAAGUCGACGGCACUGGAUGGCAGUCCCGAGCGCGACGGUGCGUCAGGCGAGCUGCUCAUCGAUCUAAGCACGCGACUCGUCGGUCGAGACGGCAUGGUGAUCGAAGUCGCCAAGGACGGAUCCAUGGUCGGCGUAGUAGUCUUCUAG